CGCGCGUGAGCUCGGCGGUGACGUCAGAGGCGCGCUGACUCAGUGCAGUCAUGUGUAGGGAAAGUCAGCUCGCUUUACAGAUAACAAACAAGGAAAUCAGGACUUUUGAAUCGACACACAGCCGCCCUGAGAUCCCACACUAAACCGAACCUUAGUCACAGUUUAUUUAGUUUUAAACGUCCAUCGAGUCGUCAUGGCAUCUCUGUUUAGGAAGAAGACUGUCGACGAUAUCAUCAAAGAGCAGGCAAAAGAUCUGAGAGGCACACAAAGACAAAUCAGCAGAGACCGUGCUGCUUUGGAGAAACAGGAGAAGCAAAUGGAAAUGGAAAUUAAGAAAAUGGCCAAGGCUGGAAACAGAGAUGCCUGCAAGAUCCUGGCUAAGCAGCUGGUCCAGCUGAGGAAGCAGAAGAACCGAACCUAUGCUGUGAGCUCUAAAGUGACCUCUAUGUCCACACAGACGAAGGUCAUGAACUCUCAAAUGAAAAUGGCUGGAGCUAUGUCUACCACAGCCAAGACUAUGCAGGCUGUCAAUAAAAAAAUGGACCCAAAGAAGACUUUACAGACAAUGCAGGACUUCCAGAAAGAAAACCUGAAAAUGGGGAUGACUGAAGAUAUGAUCAAUGAUACACUGGAUGACAUCUUUAGUGAGUCAGGUGAUGAAGAUGAAUCUCAGGACAUUGUGAACCAGGUGCUGGAUGAAAUUGGAAUUGAAAUUUCUGGAAAGAUGGUGAGAGCCCCCUCAGCUGGAAAGAGUCUCCCCGGUGCAUCAAAGGCCAAAGCCGCGACCAUUUCCGAUGAGGACAUUGAGAGGCAGCUGAAGGCCCUGGGAAUGGAUUGAACCUCUUUACACUCUACACCUGUGCUCUCAGAGCCAAAGCAAAGGGCUUAUACUAAAGCACACAUACACACAUGACCUUACUGGCUGUGGGUACAGAGAGCCACAGGGCUAGCUACUAAAUCAAUGAUGUAAAAAUGUAAUAAUCAUGUAGCUUGUAGGAUUUGCUGUACAUAUCUAAAGAGUACAAAUGGUGUUGGGGGUCAGUAAAGGAAUGGUCUUGUGAAGGAGGUCUCAAAUCCCCAAUAUCUAUAUCCCCACAUAUCCCCAUUUCUCCACUAGUGAUGGAGUUUCAGCAUCUCCCAACUCCCUACUAUUCAACAUCUCCUACCCAAGUUGGGGGCCUUGGUGUGACUUCAGCCCACAUUUACAGAGUUCUCCCUUUUUUACAGUUCUUCAGUCCCUUGUCAUGUCAUUUAGCUGAAGGCAUGGUUUGCACUCUCAAAAUUAUGGAGUUAUGGUUUUAGUGUACAUAAUAUGAACUUUCUGGUAAAGUAUUUAUACAUGUACUGUUUUGUAAUUUUGCAGAUAUGAGACACUCAUUUUCCAAUUCUUUUAUCUCUGUAGGUUCUCUAGCAUGAAUAUUGAAAGUAAGUUCAAGCUUAGGCUUUGUUCUCAUAAUGAAAUGAGUGGCUUUGAUAUGCAGUUGGUAAGGAUUUGGUAAGCAUUUGUCUUGUUCAUUGAAAAAUCUUGCAUAAAGAUUUGAUGAAUGGCAUUAUGAUGAAAUGCUCGUCAUUACUGAAUUAAUUUGGAAGGCUAAUUGAUGCACAGUCGUAAUUAACUUAAUACAUACUGUAAUUUAGAUAUGACUGCACUAGGAUAUACAAGUGAUCCUGUCAGCAGUACUAACUCAAUUAGCUCUAUAUUAGCUCCACUAAGAGGUCUUUAAUUGGAUGCAGGCACACAGGUGUUGAAGAAACCCAAAACUGUAGUGUCAGCUCCAGUUAAUUAGGUGGUCUAGUAUUUGCUGAAGAACACUGUGUUUCAGACGUCAUUAUCACAGCUUAGGCCACAUUUGCAGGCUAAUUAUGCUAAAGGUCUGUUACUGACCUGAGAAUUCCCCUGUCAUGGUCAAAUUAGAGCCGUGUCUACAGAUAAGAGAAAGAAGCUGUGAAAAUUGCCAGGAAGGAAGUCAGUGUUACUGCUGUGGUUUUCAUGUUAAUGAGUGAAUACAUCAUUAGCUGAAGGACAUUUACAUUUAAAUCAUACUGUGUCUACUGAAUUGUACAACUUGAAUUGUAAAGUAUGCAAAAGUCAUUAAACUCUGGUGUAGCUUUAGUGCCAGUUGGAAAAGCAAUACAUCUAUCCACCUUUUGUUUUCUUUUUAACAUUAUGAUUAUCAGUAUGUUUUAAUUGAAUGUUUAUUUAGUUUUUUUUUUUAUUCUAACUUAUGUUAAAUGUACAUGAAUAAAAUUUUAUUGAUUCAUUUGGUUUUGUAAUGAAUUAAAAAAGUAACUCCU